UGGCGUUGUUGGGGAGCGGUGUUAUUCGUCGUCUUCGUCGAAAUGACAAUUUACCGGUUUUUCGCAGCUGAAAGUCGCCGUACGACGGGUGCAAUAAGUGCACAAGUGUUAUAGCUGCGUGUUCGUAGUGCAUCUGUGUGUUCACGUGUUUUCUUUGUAAUCCAGCCGCUAAAUGAUUGAGCUAAACACACGUGGAUUUGUGUACAUUCGCGUCUUCAUUCGAGUCUGCUCUAAAGUACUCGCCAGGAGCGUUUGUGGCUCUCUGUCAAGUGUCGUAGUGUUUUAAAUAGUUGAGUAAUAGCAAUGGUAGUUAAUAUUACAAGUUUUUGCUCGAAAAGGGCGUUUCGAUUCGCAAAGGAGUGCGAUGUAAGUGAGCUGUUUACUAUGUUGGCGCAUCAGCUGAUACGGGAGAACAUUGUUUCUAACAGCCGUUUAUGCAAGGUGAAGGAAUGACUUGAAAGCCUGACAUGUCUGAUGCCCGUUUCCAAAACCUCUUGUCACGAGAUGAGACACUUUUGGAAAAAAACCACACAGUGAGCGAGAUGCUCAGCAAGCCAGCUGCAUCCUGGGAGGAACAGAAGUUUGGUAUGGAAAAUGUCCCAGUGGGGCAGACGACACCAUUCCUGUCACCGCCACAGACUAUUGGUCCAGAUCCCGUGCAUGACUUGCCGGCCGAGCUGCUGCAGGUGGGAUGGCGGCGCUUCUGGAGCAAGCGUGAAGGCCGGCCUUACUUCUUCAACAAACUCACAAAUGAGUCCCUGUGGGAAAUGCCACGGCUCAGCACCCCAGCUCAGUAUGACCCACUCACUGACCCGCUGGGGAUCCAAGGACUGCCAACACCUGUGGAUCCAGGCACACCACCUGGUCCCUCACACCUUCUUCUCCCAUCUCCGCCACCAACGUCCAGCCCUGUGCUUUUACCUCGAGCUGACAAACGACGAGCUUCUGAUGAUGCUAAUCCAGCAGCAACCAAGAAAUUUGUGCUUAGUGGGCCAUUUGACCUGGAAGUUCCGACCAACGUUGUCAUCUGGGAGCGGUCUCCAACGCUAAUGCCUCCACCACAUCCUGAUGUGGAAAACUUGCGCUCUACACUCACCACCCGCUUGCGAAACAACUAUCAUGAAAUGUGCCACUCUAGAGAAGGAAUUGAGUGCCCAAAAGAAUCUUUCAUUCGGUGGUUGAUGGAGCGCAAAGUUGCGGACAAGGGUCAUGACCCAUUGCUGCCAAGUGCAUGCCAUCCAGAGGUCUCACAGUGCAUGUACCGGGAGAUUAUGAACGACAUCCCCAUCAAGCUUGUGCGACCAAAGUUUGCUGGGGACGCUCGCAAGCAGCUCUCCAAGUAUGCAGAGGCGGCCAAGAAGAUGAUCGAGUCACGUAAUGCAAGUCCAGAAAGUCGCAAGAUUGUGAAAUGGAAUGUUGAAGAUGCAUUUCACUGGUUGCGAAAAACACUGAAUGCCACUUAUGAUGACCAUUUGGAACGGCUGGCCCAUCUGAAAAAACAGUGUCAACCACAUUUAGUCCAGGCAGCUCGUUCUUCAGUGGAAGGUAUAUGUGCCAAAAUAUAUCAUAUGUCUGUCGAAAAUGUGAAGAAGAUACGGGAAAAGCAUUGGACCAUUCUCAACCAGCAUGGCAUCGAAGAAAUCACAAGCCCAUUGCACGUGGCAAACCCAAAAAAAGUGUUCUGCUAUCCAGUCCAGUUUGCCAUCUCAUCACCUCGGUUACCAGCAGUGGAUGUGCUCACUGACAAGGACAGCACCCUUUUGCGCUACAAAGGGGAAGUUGUGCGCAUCAACACGCUGUACUUUCAGAAACUUGAGCAACUUUAUAGGUGGAACUGCACAGAUGACAGGAAAUUUGAGAACUUCCUUCCACGUGUUUGGUGCAUGCUGAAGAGGUACCAGACGUAUCUGGGCUUGUCAUCUAAUGAAGGCCAUGGGACUCAAAAUUCAUUGCCUGCACUGGUCAUGGAGUGCUUGCACAAGCAUUUUGGGGUGACCUUUGAGUGCUUUGCAUCACCUCUUAACUGCUACUUUAGGCAGUACUGCUCAGCAUUUCCGGACACUGACAGCUUCUUUGGUUCCCGAGGGUCCAUCUUAAAGUUUUUUCCUGUUGCUGGCUCUUUUGAGGUCAACCCACCUUUUUCAGAAGAACUCAUGGAGGCCACUGUGAACCACCUAGAGAGGCUGCUUACAGAAUCACCGGAAUCGCUGUCCUUCAUAGUCUUCUUCCCAGACUUUCGAGAUCCUGUUCCAGCUGCCUUGACCAAGCUUGAAGCGAGCAGGUACAAGAGAGAGCAGCUGUUGAUUCCCGCCUAUGAUCAUGAGUACAGGCAUGGAUUUCAGCACAUCAUGCCAAGGAGCGAAGUGAGUGUACGCUCAACAUAUGGGACGCACAUCAUCUUUCUGCAAAAUGAUGCUGGCUAUGCUCGGUGGGGUCCUACUCCUGAGCGGCUGGAUGCCUUGCGGGAAAGCUACCGACCAGGUCUGGACCGCGAGCGAGAUGCUGUUGCGGAGGUAGUCCCUGUUCCUUCAUUGCCUUCAAAAGAUGCACCACAAAAAGAGUCUCCUCUUGGGGCCCCUAAGUUGCUCUAAACACUGGUAAACGUAAUUUUCUAUACCUUUUAUUGAAGGAGAAUUACAACUGUAGACACUUGGUUCAAGUAUUUGCUGCUAAAAAUUUUAAAUAUGAGCCAUUUGCAGAUAUUCAGCUGAUGGUAUACAACGUUUGCCCUUCAGCACAGUACAGUCUUGCCUUCCUGCGCUGGCUCAGCAGUGUCCAGGUAACUUGCACUGCAUUUCCCAUCUUUGCUAGCAAUGCCCUAUACCACUGUUUUUGCCUUCAUACAACAUCACUUGCUGUCUACUGCUUAUUCCAAACAUAAUAUGUAGAGUGUAAAUGUAAAGAGCAUCAUUUGUGAGGUGAAAAAUUUUCUAAAAUUAGUUUUAGUUUUAUUCACUGUUAAGCAUAACAUUCACAAAAAACUAUCCAGCCAGCUCCACUCCAUGAACACUGUCGACACAGUGAAGCUUAUGCCCAUCCUUCAUCAGGCUAUAUCUGACUUUUUUCAAGUCUCCCGUUCGUCAGCGCUUAGCUUCCGCCUCUUUUGCACAAACAUCGUGGUUGGCUCGGUGACAAUAUGUUCGUUCUUGCACGGCCGCUGGAUCAAAGUGCACAGGUACGGCCUGCUGGGUGCGCCGAAAACCACGGGAGAGGCCUAGUUGACUUGCCUGCCAUCAUAGCGCCGCUGCUGAAGGACGGUUUGCGCCUGGGAAGCAAUGCGUGUCGAGCACUCGCAUGCUCGCUGCGUCUGCAAGUGCUGCAAGCGAACACGUGAAAUUUCUUGCCCACUCAUUGAAUUCUUUUACGCUACAACAGGACUUUUCCUACGAUACAGAGGAUAUUCCUUUUUCUGCGAGCGACGGACCAGUCGUGACUAUACAUGCUCGUCGUGGCAGCAGCCAGCUUUGACCUCGUGUUCAAAAACUAAAAAGUGAUAAUCACGAAGUUCAUCCCGUGUUCGUGUUACAGGACUGAUACAUGUGUUUUAAAUUCUUCUACAGAUAGUCCCGAAAGCACUAUUGCAGGAUUUUGGGCUAUUU